UCCCUUCUGCUCCGAAGCUUCUCAACUCGGCCCAGCCCGACUCACCUUCCUUUCACUCCAGCUGCGGGCAGUCAGUCACUCUUUAUCAUUUUGCUCAAGCUGCAUCUCUGCACUUCUGCACCCCAAACACCCCCGCAAACACCUCGAGGGCCAUCUUUGCGCAGUAAAGUUACAUUGAGCAUUCCAUAGCACUCGCUUCAUACUCACCAUGAAGUCCAUCGUUAUUGCGGGCGCACUCGCCGCGAUCCUGGGCACUGCUAGCAGUCGUCCCCUCAACUUCAGGCGCGACUAUAUCACCGAGAUUGUCUACGUCACGGAGACUCUCGCUGAUGCGGUCAUCUAUGUUGACCAGGACGGUGUGCCAUACUCGACCUCGACCGUGGAGCAGUCGACUACGGCUACGUCUGUGGAGGUGGUCACUACGUCUGAGGUGACUCCCACGGUGACCCCAGCUGUCUCUAUUUCCGCAGCGCCUGUCGUCGUGCCUCCAUCCGCUGCGCCUGCUCCGCCAGCUUCUUCUGCGACAGUGCCUUCGUUCUCUUUCGUGGCACCUCAGCCUCAGCCAUCGUCGGCCGAAGUCAAGAACGAGUCUACUACAACCGCCGCAGUCGAGUCUUCUUACACCCCCCCACCUCCACCUCCUUCGCCCACUACACCGGCGCUGGCACCGGAGUCCUCUUCACCUCCACCUGCCCCACCUUCAACUGCAGCCGCGCCUACUUCUUCCCAGGCACCUCAAGCUGACAAGCAAAAUGACAACGGACUUCCCAACGGUGUGACGUACGACCCUUUCACCGGCUCGGAGGGCAACACUCGCUGCAAAACUGACACUGAGGUUGCCGACGAGUUCAGCAGGAUGGGCUCCUACAAGGUCGUCCGCAUCUACGGCAUGGGUUGCAACAUCAUCCCACUCGCCGUCCAGAACGCCCAAAAGAACGGUCAAAUGCUCAUGGGUGGCGCAUACCUCAGCAACAAGGGCAAUGGCGAGGAUCUUAGCAUUGUCAUCACGACCUGGAAGAGCACUAUUGACCAGUAUGCUGGCGGUAGCUGGGAUAUCAUGAAGCUGUUCUCUGUUGAGAACGAGCGUGUCAACGAUCGUGAUAUGACUGCUUCCGAAGUUGUCGAUGCUAUUCGCCGUGGCCGCGACCAGCUCCGUGGAGUUGGAUACAAUGGUCCUGUUGGAGCCGUUGAUACAGUGCCCGCGACCCUUGACAACCCUUCUAUCUGUCAGGCGUCCGAUGUUGUCAUGGUCAACUGCCAUCCCUUCUUCGACCAGAACACCGCCGCUGAGGAUGCCGGUACCUUCGUUAAGGGCCAGAUCGAGCGAGUUAAGACCGCUUGUAACACCAACCGCGUCGUUGUCACCGAGACUGGCUGGCCUCACCAGGGUGAUGCCAACGGCAAGGCUGUUCCAUCGCCCGACAACCAGGCCAAGGCUCUAUCUUCCAUUCGCAGCGAGUUCACUUCCGAUGUCUUCAUCCACAACUCUUUUGACUCACCUUGGAAGUCGGACUGGGCCUCCUCCUUCAACGCCGAGCGUUACUGGGGAGUCAUUCAGUAGAGGUCUUUGAGUACUUCUGGCUGACGUUGUAGGCAUACUUACGAUGCGCAGCUAGUUUCUGCGUAUCCGUCAUCUCACAUCAUGCCCACCAGCAGCUCUGGACUGCGUAAGAGUGGCUGGUAUUUUUCGGCCAUCAUGGAUCAUGCGGAUAUGCAUCAUGUAAUAUAGAUAGUAGUCGGAAUGACGAAUGCAUGUAUGAAAACCACCACACCGUCGUAGUCGUGAAGAGUGGUGUCUACUAAAUAGUAGCAUCGAAUGUUUAGUGCUUUUCCAUCUGUUUUCCAUCUGUGAUCCUUGGAGGAAAACACAUCUGAUUUGACGCCACCAGACUGUUUUGUUGACGCAACAGAAAUGCUUUGCGUAGACCGGCUUUAUGUUUCGUACGAUUUCAUUUGCUAACGCUAACAUUUGAAAAUGAGAAGAGUCUGAAGUUAC